UCAGCUUCAGAGAGUUGCUCUGGGUGGCUGAGGCACCAGGGAGCAUGGCUGAACAGGAGAGCUUGGAGUUUGGGAAAGCGGAUUUCGUCCUCUUGGACCAGGUGACCAUGGAGGACUUCAUGGAGAACUUGAAACUGAGAUUUGAGAAAGGGAGGAUCUACACCUACAUUGGAGAGGUGGUGGUCUCCAUGAACCCCUACAGACAGAUGGAUCUCUACGGCAAGGACAUGAUCGAACAGUACCGGGGUCGAGAGCUGUACGAGAGGCCACCUCACCUCUACGCCGUGGCUGAUGCAGCCUACAAGGCUAUGAAGCGGAGGGCCAAAGACACCUGCAUUGUCAUCUCAGGAGAGAGCGGUGCAGGGAAGACGGAAGCCAGCAAGUACAUCAUGCAAUAUAUUGCGGCCAUUACAAACCCCACCCAGAGAGCAGAGGUGGAAAGGGUCAAGAACGUUUUGCUGAAGUCCAACUGUGUCCUGGAGGCCUUUGGCAAUGCGAAGACUAACCGCAACGACAACUCCAGCCGCUUCGGGAAAUACAUGGACAUCAACUUCGACUUCAAAGGGGACCCUACCGGGGGCCACAUCAACAAUUACCUCCUGGAGAAGUCUCGCAUUCUCCAACAGCAGCCGGGCGAGAGGAACUUCCAUGCCUUCUAUCAGUUGCUUCUGGGGGCGUCGGAUGCUUUAUUGGACUCGCUGCACCUUAGCCGAGAACCUGAAGCCUACAGGUUCACCAAAGAGGGAGCUAGAAACAAUAGCUUUGGCAGUGACCAAGCCAACCACAAAGCAGUCCGAGAUGCCAUGAAGGUGAUAGGUUUUAGCCCAGAAGAGGUGGACUCCAUCUACAAGAUCUUGGCGGCCAUCUUGCACUUGGGCAAUGUUCGUUUUGUCACCGCAGAGGAUACCAUGAAGAUUGAGAACGAGGAGCUGAUUUCCUGCCUGGCAGAGCUGACCUCCACGGAAGCAGAGGAUCUCCUGAACUCGCUCCUGCACCGGAUGGUGGCCGCUGGGGGUGGGGAAGUGAUCCAGAAAGCUCACAGCAACAAUGAAGCCAGCUACGCAAGGGAUGCCUGCGCUAAGGCCUUCUACGAGCGCCUUUUCUGCUGGAUUGUUGCCCGCAUCAACAAAGUCAUUGAGGUGAAGAACUAUGAUGCCCGGCUCCAUGGCAAGAACACUGUGAUUGGCGUCCUGGACAUCUACGGCUUUGAGAUCUUUGACACCAACAGCUUCGAGCAGUUCUGCAUCAACUACUGCAACGAGAAGCUGCAGCAGCUCUUCAUCGAGUUGAUCCUGCAGCAGGAGCAGGCGGAGUACCAGCGCGAGGGCAUCGAGUGGCAACACAUCGACUACUUCAACAACCAAAUCAUUGUGGACCUGGUGGAGGAGCCGCACAAGGGGGUCAUCGCCAUUCUGGAUGAGGCCUGCCUGACUGCUGGGAAAGUCACCGAUGCCCUCUUUCUGGAGUCCAUGAACAGCAGGCUCGGGAAACACCCCCACUACACCAGCAGGAAGGUCAAUCCCGCUGACAAGUCCAUGAAGUUUGGACGGGACUUCCGGAUCAAGCACUACGCGGGAGACGUCACGUAUUCCGUGGAGGGAUUUCUGGACAAGAACAAGGACACUCUUUUCCAGGACUUCAAGCGGUUGAUGUAUAACAGCACAGACCCCGUCCUGCGAGAGAUGUGGCCUGAGGGGAAACAGAGCAUCACCGAGGUGACCAAGAGGCCCCUGACAGCUGCCACCCUCUUCAAGAACUCUAUCGUGGCGCUGGUGGAGAACCUGGCCUCCAAGGAGCCCUAUUACGUCCGUUGCAUCAAACCCAAUGACCAGAAGUCGCCCCACCUCUUCGAUGAGGAACGCUGUCGCCACCAGGUGUCCUACUUGGGCCUGCUGGAGAACGUGCGUGUCCGGAGGGCUGGCUUCGCCUACAGGCAGCCCUACGAACGUUUCCUGCUCCGGUACAAGAUGACCUGUGAGUACACGUGGCCCAACCACCUCAUGGCCACGGAUGGGGAGGCCACCCGAGCCCUGAUGGAGCAACACGGCUUCCAAGACGACGUCGCCUAUGGCCACACCAAGAUCUUCAUCCGCACACCCCAGACGCUCUUCUGCCUGGAGCAGGCCCGGGCACAGCUCAUCCCCAUUAUUGUGCUGCUGCUGCAGAAGGCUUGGAGGGGAGCCCUGGCCCGCAAGCGCUGCAGGUAUCUCCGGGCCGUCUACACCAUCAUGUCUUACUUCAAGCGCUACAAAGUGAAGUCCUACCUGCAGGAGCUAGUCCAGCGCUUUCACGCCGUGCGCAGCAUGGCCGACUACGGCAAGAGCGUGGAGUGGCCGGAGCCCCCGACUGUGCUGGCGCACUUCCAGGAGAACAGCAAGCUCAUCUUCCGCAGGUGGCGUGCCAGACAGAUUGUGAAGAACAUCCCUCCCUCUGACAUGGAGCAGAUCAAGGCCAAGGUGGCAGCUCUGGGCGUCCUGCAAGGGCUUCGCAAGGACUGGGGCUGCAGCAGGAACUGGGGGAGGAACUAUUUGGUGUCGGUGGACGAGAACCCUGUCAUGGCUUGCCUGUUUGCCAAGCGGGUGGAAGCCCUGAAGGAGAAGGUCCAUUUCCGUUCGGUGCUCUUCUCCUGCCACGUCCACAAGAUAAACCGCUGUAACAAGAAUACGGACCGGGCCCUUCUCAUCACAGACAAGCACCUGUACAAGAUGGAGCCAAGGAAACAAUACAGGGUGAUGGCUACCAUUCCGCUGAAGAUGGUGACGGGGGUGAGCGUGACUAGUGGAUCAGACCAGCUGGUGGUCUUCCACCUGCAGAACUCCCACAGCUUGGUGGUCUGCCUUCACAAGAUGCAUCCAGCCAACGACAACCGAGUUGGAGAAUUAGUGGGCGUGCUGUUGGACCACUUCAGAAGGUCAAAGCUGGAGCUUUGGGUUCAAGUGUCGGACUGUAUCCAGCUCAGCCUGAAAGGCAGGAAGAGGCUGGUGACUGUAGAGACGAUCAGCGAGGACGCUCAGCCCAACUUUGCCAAGAGCCGGGAUGGAUUUGUGCUUUACUCACCGAGGAGGAGAUGA